AUGCGAAGCAGACUGGAGGACGGAAUUAACAUGAAGCGUUUUACUAGGCGCAUCACACUCAACGUCUUCAAUCCUCAGGGAGGAGACCAGGAUAGCCUGGUGACCCUCGAGGUUUUCUCCGACAUGACCGUCUCUACCCUACGCGAAUCUGUCCAGGCCGAGGCGGGCAUUCCUCCGGCAGCGCAGCACAUCUAUCACAACGGCCGACUCAUCUCGGAGGAUACCAAGACCAUGGAACAGCUGCAGAUCGGCGAUGGUGACAUGCUGGCCGUCCAUGUCCGGGAUAUGCGAGGCAGCACCGGCCCCCCGGAGCCAUCAGGGCAGGCUCGAGCUGCGGCUCGCCAACAGCAAAGCGCCGCUUCCGCCGCAGCUGGAGGUGGAAACGACACUGAAAUGCUUCGUCUUCAGAUUCUGGGUGACCCCGCCGUCAGACAGCAGCUGUCCAGGCAGCAUCCGGAGCUCGCCGCAGCCGUCGAAGAUCCCGCGCAGUUUCGAAGAAUCUUCCUUGACAGCCAGGACCGAGAGCGCAGAGAGCGAGAGAUGCGUCAGAGAGAGAUUGAAAGGCUGAACGAAGACCCCUUCAACGUGGAAAACCAGAGGAGGAUCGAGGAGAUGAUCCGCCAGGAAAGGGUCAUGGAGAACCUGCAAAAUGCCAUGGAGCACAACCCCGAAGUCUUUGGCCGCGUUCACCUGCUUUACGCCAAUGUGGAGGUCAACGGUCACAAGGUUAAGGCGCUUGUCGACUCAGGCGCGCAGGCCACCAUCAUGUCGCCGUCGUGCGCCGAGGCCUGCGGAAUCAUGCGCCUGGUGGAUAAGCGGUUUGCUGGUGUAGCCAGGGGUGUUGGAACGGCUACCAUCAUUGGUCGCGUUCACUCAGCCCAGAUCAAGAUUGGCAAUUUGUUCCUGCCCUGCAGCUUUACGGUGAUGGAGGGCAAGUCGGUUGAGCUGCUUCUUGGCCUGGAUAUGCUCAAGAGAUACCAAGCCCACAUCGACUUGGCAAAGGACAAACUCAUCAUCCAAGGCCAGGAGAUCUCUUUCCUCGGAGAAGCCGAGAUUCCAAAGGAGGAGGAGGAAGCCGCCGUUCAAGAACCUACUAUACCAGGUCCAGCGGGUACUGCCAUUGGCCAAAGAUCUGGAGCUGUCAUGCCGGUGCAAGAUGCCCCAUCGCAAACCUCUUCACAGCCUGCAGCCCAAGCACAAGCACGGCCACCGCAGUCGGCGGCUCCCGCUCAACCGGCAGCUCCGGCAUCAGCGGCAGCCGGCGUAACCCCAGCCCAUAUCGACAGUCUCAUGUCCAUGGGAGCUACGAGGGAGCAGGCGAUCCAGGCCCUUCAGGCCGCUGAGGACAACGUUGAUAUGGCGGCCAGCUUAAUCUUCUUUUAA